AUGACCAAUAUUGACAAUAUUACAAACUAUAAUGAAAUUAAAAUGAUUGAGGUUAAGUAUAAGCAUGGCUAUCCUCCUAAUAAUCAGCAUAUUUCUGAUACCAAUGAAAAUAAAUUUAUAAAAACUAAGAUUAAUAAAAAGUCAGAUAAAG